AUGACGGGCCGAACCCCCCCUGCUGUCUUCAACUCCUCCCCUGCGCCAAUCGACCAAGACUGGGUCGACGCUGAACUCAUUCCCUUCCUUCAGCGCGUCUACCCAGAGGAACGCAGGACGACAAUGGACUGGAACCGCCAGGUCGUUUUCGGAAGGUCGAACCUGCAUCUUCUCGAACACUACGAAGACUUCCCGUUCACAAUCGAACGUCUCCGCCUCUGCCUCCUCAACUCGGAACUCUUGACACCGGCGGAAAUGUCGAAGUUCAUUUCCGUCACCGAGCAAGGCAGCCAGUACUGUCUCCGUAUCUUUGUCCGCCACGCCAUCGUCCACGGAUCGUACAUGCUCUUCUCCUUAGGAGACAACCCGAGUCCGGAGUUCCCUCGAGCAGGCCAUACUAGUACUAGGCCGUCAACCGCAUCUCCGGCUGAAGCUGCCCCAGCGCGCGCGACUUCUGUCGCGGUGCUUGAAGCUAGGAAUGCGACACUGGAGAGGGAACUGGCCAACCUUCAGGCUGAGCGUGGUCGUGGAAAUGGUCGCGGAAACGGUCGUGGAAGGGGUCGGCCUUCGCAGCCUCGUGGCGACUUCGUUGGACGUUCGGACCGCGGUGGUCGUUUCAGUCAAAGACCAAAUGUUUCUCCGAACAUGCAACAGACGCCAUCUCAGUUCCCUUCAAACCCACCUCCGGGAAUGUAUGGCUACCCAACUUAUCAAUAUGGGUAUGGUGGUGGUCCUUACAUGGCUGCGCCGGCUAUGGGUGGCUAUCCUGGAAACUCUUACCAACAGCAGCCAUUCACCAACCCCGGACAGCAGUAUGGUGGUGGCUGGACUGGUAGCCAGAUGAUAUGGGAGCAAGCAGCGGUUUCGCAAUGCCGCCACAGCAAGUGGGCAACCCAUAUCAUCAAGGACAACCUGCUCAACGUGGUCGCGGAUCUUCAGGAAGUCAACAAGGACAAGCGCCAUCUCAUCAAGGCCUUCCAGCACGUCCUCAGCAACCAGCUUCAGGAUCAGGUGCGAGCACUCAUGUGCCUCGCCCAGAUGCGGAAGAGUUCUAUCCAGGAUCCGGAAAUGGCUACAACUGAUUCGGGACGGCUGAUUGGGAGUGAGACGAGUUUUUCCGGCAAGUGA